AUGCUCCGCGCAGUCAGUUCUUCAAUCGGCACCGCUCGUACUGCUUCCACAGCCGCCAAGAGAAACCUUCCGAACAUUGUUCUCGUUGAUGCGGUCCGCACGCCGUUCGUUGUCUCCGGAACCGUCUUCAAGGAUCUCAUGGCCGUCGAUUUGCAGAAAGAGGCCAUCAAAGGUGAAAUUUUAUGACAAAAUUUGUUUCGUAUCUUCAGUUUCUCAGCACUCGUCGAAAAAACGAAUUUGUCUUACGACAAACUCGAUCACAUCAUCUGUGGAACUGUCAUUCAGGAGUGCAAAACGAGCAACAUCGCAAGAGAAGCCGCACUUCUCGCAGGCGUUCCUGAUAAGGAAAGAUCUCAAACAACACGUGAUUUCUUACUGGUAACCUGUUCAGAUCCCGGCUCACACUGUCACUCUCGCCUGCAUUUCGUCGAAUGUCGCCAUCACACAGGGAAUGGGAAUGCUCGCCACCGGAAAUGCGAAUGCUAUCAUUGCUGGAGGUGUCGAGCUGCUCUCCGAUGUGCCCAUCAGAUACAACAGAAAGGCCAGAAAGGCGAUGCUCGGAAUGAACAAAGCGAAAGAUGUGCCGUCUAAACUAAAGAUCGGAGGAGAGAUCGUGAAGAACCUGCUCUCUCCGGAACUUCCAGCAGUUGCUGAAUUCUCGACUGGGGAAACCAUGGGACACAGUGGAGACAGACUCGCCGCCGCCUUCAACGUCUCUAGAAAGUAAUUGAACUAUCCUAAUUUUCUCGUAUAGUUUUUUUCGUCUUCAGAGAGCAGGACGAGUUCGCCAUCCGCUCGCACACUCUCGCAUCGGAGGCUGCCAAAAAGGGAAAAUUCACGGACGUCGUGCCGGUGUUCUUGGACGGAAAGAAGCCAGUGACUAUUAAGGACGACAACGGAAUCCGUGUUUCCACUCUUGAGAAGCUCUCUUCGCUGAAGCCGGCGUUCGUGAAGCCACACGGCACAGUCACUGCCGCCAACGCCUCCUAUCUGACCGACGGAGCCUCGGCGGCUCUCAUCAUGACUGAGGAUUAUGCUCUUGCCAAUGGAUUCAAGCCAAAAGCCUACUUGAGAGACUAUCUGUAUGUCGCUCAGGAUCCGAAAGAUCAGCUCCUGCUCUCGCCUGCCUACGUCAUCCCAAAGCUGCUCGACAAGGCUGGACUCGAACUGAAGGACGUCGAUGUCUUCGAGAUUCACGAGGCGUUUGCCGGACAGGUCCUUGCCAACCUGAACGCACUCGACAGUGACUACUUCUGCACGGAGCACAUGAAGAGAUCUGGAAAGUACGGCCGUCUCCCAAUGGACAAGCUCAAUCUGUGGGGAGGAUCGUUGUCGAUUGGACAUCCGUUCGGGGCCACCGGAGUCCGACUUGCCGCCCAUUCGGCGCACAGACUCAAGGAGGAGAAGGGACAGUUCGCUGUGAUCGCCGCUUGUGCCGCCGGAGGACACGGAGUUGGAAUGCUGCUCGAGGCUUAUGAAAAGUAG